CGGCCUGCUUCUCACUCCCUUCCUGGCUGCUGCAUCACAACAGCCGUCGCUAGCUCCAGUGGUGACCGGGGGGCCGGUUAGUCUUGUCGCCGAGUCCGUGACACACAAGAACCGUCCAUAAGUGGCUCCCCAGUCCCUAUCGCCCCCGCUUCAGCUCCAGCUCGUUGGGUCAUGGCCAGGCCGGAACAGGUUCUGCUCUUGGAGCCUCAGCACGAACUGAAAUUCCGAGGUCCAUUCUCUGACGUGGUCACCACCAAUCUCAAGCUCGCCAACCCUACAGACCGGAAUGUGUGUUUUAAGGUGAAGACCACCGCUCCACGCCGGUACUGCGUGCGGCCAAAUAGCGGAAUCAUCGAUGCGGGCACUUCCAUCAAUGUAUCGGUCAUGCUGCAGCCUUUUGAUUACGACCCCAACGAAAAGAGCAAACACAAGUUCAUGGUUCAGUCCAUGCUAGCGCCCCCGGACAUGACCGACAUGGAGGGUGUGUGGAAGGAGGCGAAGCCAGAGGAGCUGAUGGACUCCAAGUUGAGGUGUGUUUUUGAGAUGCCAGCAGAGAACGAAAAAACACACGACAUGGAGUCCAACAAGAUAAUGUCGUCCAGCUUGCUGAAGUCCGAGUCCUCCUCACUGCCGUCCAAGUCUAUGAGCUCCACCCUGGAUGACGGCGAGGUGAAGAAGAUCAUGGAGGAGUGCAAGAGGCUCCAGAUGGAGGCUCAGAGGCUACGGGAAGAGAACAAACAAAUAAGGGAGGACGACGGCCUGCGGAUGAGGAAGAGCAACGUGAUGUCCUCCCAGCACUCCUCGGCCAUCCUGAAAAAAGACGAAGGCCUGAGCGCCCGCACGGCCGCACUCUACAUCCUCUUCUUUUUGGUGGGCGUCAUUGUGGGCAAAUUGGUCUUGUAGAGCGCGCCGUUGUUGGGUCGGGGGCGGGCGGGGCCGCAGCAUGCUUUUUUUCUCGGGGGAUGAUAUCAAACGCAGGGGAUUGCAGAAUUUAGGAAUAGAGAUGCCGGGAAAGGGGGGGGGGGCAUUGUCUGAAGCUGGGCGUUUGGAUUGAGCCUCAUUUAUAAUAAAAUUUAAAAUAUGGUAACGUACGGGAAUGGGGGGCAAACAAAGAAAAACAAAAAAACUAAACUUAAUUCACGUUCUUCUGAACAAGCUGUUGGAGGUCUUGCCUAAUCACAGUGUUCAAGUCGUUCAUGUCCCUUUUAACCAAAUUUUAUGAGGGGCACAGCAGAAAAUUUUUGAGGUGCGUUUUGAUGUUUUUUUUUCCUCCUCCUUCAGCGCCACUACAAUAUAUCCAAAAUGGGAUACUUUCACUUUAAACCCCAUCAUAGGAGAGAUUUAACAGAUAAUCAUCCAGACAGGCGGGACCCUCUAAAAUCCACUUUGAUCGGAGAACAACCUUGAAACUCUAUGUACGUCCCUUUUAAGUUUCACCUUCUUGCUGUCACGGCAUCCCCUCGCAAGGGGGAUCUUGAUCGCAUGCGCUCAAAGCCGAAUGUUGCAUCUGGACUUUUUUUUGGAAUCUAAUUUAAUUGCUUUUAUAAUUGUGUCAUUAUUUGGCUGUAGAUUUGCACAAUUCAGUUUUAUUUCUUUUUGUGUUUCAUUUUCAUGACUUUUAUGUUAUCGUUGUAAAACCGCAUUGAAGAUUUAAUGCCGCUUCCUGGAAAAAACAGCUCCAGAUUUUGUCGGGUUUUUCGAUGGCGUCUGCUGAUGUUCACCAGGCCAACGCUUUGCCUUGUGAGCCGUUUAAGCGAGUUUGUUUUUCCUCAGGCCGAUACUACAGUACACGUAUAUGUAUGCACAUAACGCGCGUGGAAAUAUCCACUUACAUAUAAAAGGUGCAUGCAGAAAGGGUGGUUGAUUUGUUUCUGCUCCAACAUUGACAAAUGUUACCAGCUUUUCCUCAUUUUUUCCUACUGAGCCAUACAUUUGUUAAGUGUAAAUGUAUGUUAGCAAACUGUUGUAAGAUGCCUUCACCUGAUUUACACUUUUUUUUUUUUUUUUAAAUGAUCUCCACACGUCUUUCAUCAUGGUCGUUUGUUCACACAUUUAUCUGUUUUGCUUGUCCGCAUUAUAAUCCUCACGGCAUUUGACGUUGUUUUCUGCACUAAGGUGAAGCGUGUGAUAUUCCUGUACUGCUAUAUAUUUAUACUAUCUUUAUGCAAGUAUAAUACAUAUAGCGAACGCCUCGAGGGACCACGUAACGAAAUCCUGUUCUGGAGCGAGUGAUUAUUUUUGACUUAGAAAUUAAAUUACAAAUGGUUUCCUCUCCCAAAUUUGCAUAAAAACUGCUCAUUCGCCAUUUCAGGAAUGAGAAGGGGGUAUGUUGCUACUACUGUAUCGGUCGUAGGUCGUUAGUUUGAGGAUGACUUGCCAAAAGGGGAGGGCAGAGCAGAUCUGACAUCAACUCAAUAUUUGGAGUGUCCAACCGGCACCAUGUAGUACUUGCAGAAAAAUGUUUUAUCACUGAAGCAUGGAAGCAUCUGACACAAGAAAAAGACUUAAUUUACCCAGAAUGCGAAUUUAAGCAAAAAAAAAAGUUCAUAACCUAACCACUACUAUCCUGCCAUGACGCACCACCAAUUUGCAACUGAACCACACGAUUCUACAUGUAAAUACUUGAUGAUCCAGGCAAGACACUACAGUGACCAUCACCUGAAGCAGUUGAGCAACUGUUUUGUAUGUAUGUAAACAAAUAAGUCUAUCUGAGAAGAAGAAAAAGAUGUAUUCCUAGUCAAGUAGUCUCUCUGGUGUAUAAAAGCAAAAUCCCACCUGGUUGGACUAUGUAGCAUCUUAAUAAAUUAAAUGAAUUAAAGUCCA